AUGGAAAGCGUAGCGCAGGCACACGACAGGAUCCUCUCGCAACCCGUCGAACCGCGCCGCUUUUUCCUCGUCUCCACGCGACCCCAAAGGCCGCCUGCAUCAGCGGCGGUCGCCGCGGAUUCCGCGGACGGGCUGGCGGCGUCAACGGUGGGGAUUACUUCCCGCCGUGGGCUGUGCCACGAUGGCGCGGAACAGCCUGCUCCGGGCGCGGCACUGCUGGGAACGCGGGGGGAUCAUGCCGCAGCGCGGGACGUGGCGGCGGGUGCGGAGCGGAGAGAGCGCAGCGCGGCGGAGCAGGCGCAAUCGGACCUGUGCGGCCAGUCGCGGGUAACGGCGACCGGCAGAACGAACGGGGCUGAGAGAGCGGGGGAGUCGCGGGGGGAGCAGCAGUCGGCCGCGGCGACGGCGGAAGCCUGGCCUGGGGUUGCGCGAUCAAGCCGCGACGAUGAUGGUGGCGCGCGGAAGAAGCGGAAGAGUUUCUGCAGCGCGGAGCCGUUCAGUCUUCCUGCACUACUGCUGCCCCGUCCCCGGAACGACUCGGAUUCAGCGUUUUCCCCCGACUUGCGCCAUUCCCCUUGCAGCCACCCGCCUCCCCAGCCGCUACUAUCCCCGCAACUCGCGACCUCCCCGUCGCGCCUCUCGCGCGUUUCCACCCCGCAAACCACGCUCCAGCUCGCUGCGGCCACCGUGCCCCACACCCGCCCCACCGCCCCCACCACCCCCACCUGCCUGACCGCUCCCCAUCAGAGGCAUGAUCAUGAUUUCCCCGCUAAGAACCCGUUCGGAUCCGCGGAGCUUCCGCGGAAGCUGGUCAUUCCCCCGCUCCGCCCGCCGCAGGUGCGCUACUCGCGGCCUUCCUCCGCCGUCUCGUCGUCGUGGGACGUCCCCCCAUUCUCCACCAAGCGCCAGUGCCUCCCCGCGCGGAUCGCGGGAGCGCGCGGAGGUUCCGCGCGUGGGGAAGCACUGGACGGGGGAACGAGGGAGGGGGGUGGGAAAGGUAUGGGAGGGGUAUGGGAAACGUGUGGGGACGAGGAUGGGGAGGGGGAUGGGGUCGAUGGGAGUGCUCUGGGGGACACAUGGGGGGAAUGUGAUGGACGGACGGAGAGGGAGGGUGGAGGGGCAGAGGAGGCGGAGGGGGGAGUGGAGGAGGGGAUGGUGGGGAUGAUGAUUCGGAUAGGGGAGUGUAUGGCAACGGAGCCUCACCGUCGCGCUCACCAGCACAACCUCGGCGCGAACUCACCGUCAAACUUCUCCUUAACCAGUCGCUCCAGCCCACGCCAGCGACGCGGCUCGCGCGCCGCGCCAGUGACGGUCUCAGCAUCAGCACAACAGCAGCAGCAGCAGCAGGAGCGAGCGAGGGAGGCGAAGGAAGUGGCGAUGGACAACGGGAUCGUGGAGGGGCCUGCGGUGCGAGUGCUGGGCAGCGUGAUGACCGACGAGACGGUCCCCGAGGGCCACCAGGGGCUCCACGGGUUCCUGUACGGCUCGCAAGGCGCAGACGUGCACGACGCGCCGUCGCAGUCGUACGCGUUACAGCAGGGCGAGGACGACGGGUCGCUGCAGCUACCGCUCUCCGACUACGUCGCGCGGCGCGAGACGCUCAAGCUCGCCGGAAUCUACGCCGUGUACGACGCGGCGGGCGCGCUCCAGUACGUGGGGUUCAGCCGCAGCGUCGUGCUCGCGCUCAAGGGCCACGCGGCGUUCGUGGGCGCGGAGCGCGCGAGCAGCGUGCGCGUGCGCGUGUACAGCGACGCGGCGAUGAUCACGCGGGCGCGGCUCGAGGAGGAGCGACAGAAGUGGAUUCCCGAGCUCAUGGCCACGUCUGGUGCCGCUGAUUCGCAGAAGCUUCCUCCUGGCAACAGCGCUGACCUCGCGGAGUGGGAGGGGCCGAGCGGGCCGGGCACGGCGGCGAUGAGCGCGGCGGAGGUGGCGGAGUACGAGGAGAAGAAGCUGAAGCUGCGCAAGGCCAUGGGGGAGAACCUCGCGGACGCCGUCGAGGACGAGACGGAGGACGCGCGCACGCGCCGCCUCAACCUGCUCAGGGCCACGGAGGGCGACGACUGGAGUUCAGUGAUUGACAGACAGACAGCAUCCACUCUACCCACAGACGGCCCUGCUGCUGUUGCCACUGCACCCGCAGCAGCGACAGACUCUUCUGCAGACACCAUCGUGAGCCCGUUUGCACGGGGCGCGGGCAGCAAAGGAGGGGUGAAGGAGGAGGUUGAGAUGACGGUGGCAGCGGUGGAUGCGGCGUUGGAGGCGGUGCGGCCGUACCUCAUUGCGGAUGGAGGCAAUGUGGAAGUGGCGGGCAUCACUGACGGCGUCGUCUCCGUCAGGCUGCAGGGAGCGUGUGGCACGUGUCCCAGUUCCACGUCCACCAUGAAGAUGGGCAUCGAGGCGGAGCUGCAGCGCUGCUUCCCCACGCAGCUCAAGGAGGUGGUGCAAGUGGACGUCAUCGACACCUCCGUCACUGUUGCCGCGGUGGACGGGCAUCUGGACAUGCUGCGGCCGGCCAUCAGUGGGUUUGGAGGGCGAGUGCAGGUGGUGGAAGUGAACGAGGCGGAGGGCACAUGCCAUGUGGCGUAUGAGGGCCCGCCUACUGUCGCCAUGGGCAUCCAGGCUGCUAUCAAGGACAAGUUCCCCACUCUGAAAACCGUGGACAUUGUCGGGUUCACGUAA